AUGGGUUAAUUAAUCAAGAUUAUAUUUAUGAAUUUACUCCUAUACUCCAGUCAAACUGUGAUAUAUUCAUUUGAUGCAAAUGAUAAUAAUAGUGAUGGUUGGAAAUAGCAGUCUGGCUCCUUUUAAUUCUUGACUUGUGGAGGAAUUCCCUAUUUUUUGUCAAAUUCUCAUUAUAUUAGCAGAUUAUUUUUAGACCUAGAACCUCAUUCUCAUAUUAAAGUGGACGCAGAACUUUAACUUUUUAAUUAAUUUAAUUGGAGUUUUUAUUUGGAUUUUAUUUAUGAAAAUACUGCUUAAGUGGGAUUGCCAAAUCCAAAUUGUGAUAAUUAGUUAAUUCACACUAUUUCAAUAAAUCGUUUACAUAACAGAAGAAAUUUAUGGAUGAACAUUCACCAUGAAAACGUAGGAUUAAUAAAAUUAUAAUUAAGUAUUAUCAGAUGUGAUUAUAAUUGUAAAGGAUGCAUUGAUUAUAAUUAAAAUUUUUGCUUAUCAUGGAAACUGCAUUAAUAUUCAUUUGAUUAAAAAACAAUCGAAACAAAUUCUGAUGGAUGGGCUUAUAACCUUAGCGUUUAUUAGUUUUGGGAUUGCGGGAACUGCUAAUUUUAACUAUUUAAUACAAUUAAUUAUUCUACAAUACUCCCUCCCCAUUAAGAUAUAUUAAUAAGGUUUUAUCACGUAUGGAGUGAUAUCUAUGUAGCUUAUAUUUAUGGUGAAGAAUUUAUAGCGAGUUAAUAUGGAGCAGUAGAAAUAUUAAUAAAAAAUCAUCCUGACUUUCUAUUCUAACUGAAAAUUAGAUCUGCUAGAAGUCAAGGAGGCAUAAGAGAUUUUGAAAUAUAUUACAGUUUGCCAGCAAUAAUAAUUCAAAAUGUUAUUUUAGGCUGUUUAGAUUAAGUUGGUGAUUAAUGCUUGUUUUGCUAAGAAGGUUGGAUUUAAGAUGUAUCACAAUAGAAUUGUCAGCCAAUAUGUGGGGAUGGUAUCAUUUAAGGGUAUGAACAAUGUGAUGAUGCAAAUCAAGUAUCAAAUGAUGGCUGUUUUUAAUGUAGGUUUUCUUGCCCAAUUUUUUGCUAAUUUUGUGAGUUUAGAAAAUGUUUAAAGUGUUAAUAAAAUUAUGAAUUAAUUGAUAAUAAAUGUUCAGAAAUAAAUAAUAUGAAUGGUUUAGAACCAUUGCAUGAACCCUAAUAUUCAAUAUCUAAUUUAUCAAAAUAUGGAAGUUAUUAUCAUUAGUAAUUGCGAUAUUAGUUUUUUGAUUGGAUGACAUAGCCCAUAUAUGUUUCGAAUUAACCCUUUUAAACGGAUGAUGUCUUUGGAUAUUAUUUUAAGAGAAAAACAAUAGAAAAUUGCUUAAUUAGUUUGUUUGAUCAAUGUCUGGAAUGUUAAACUUUUUAUAAAUUAUCGUAAAAUAAGAAUUAGUGUAUUCCGAUAUGUGAUGAUGGAAUUGUUAUUGAGAAUGAAAUUUGUGAUGAUAAAAAUAAUAUACAAUUUGACGGUUGCUAUAAAUGCAAAUUAAGUUGCUAAUUAGAAUGUCAUAAAUGCAUCCAAUAAUAAUGCUAUUCUUGUAUUGAUGGUUGGUAGCUGAUAGAUUAAAAAUGCUAUCAAAUAUGUGGAGAUGGUUUAUUGGCUAUCUAUUCAUAAGAGUAGUGUGAUGAUGGAAAUUAUCAACCUUAUGAUGGAUGUUAUAAUUGCAAAUUCGAAUGUAAUUCAUAUUGUUUCUAAUGCGAUAGUUCAAAUAAUUGUUUGUUAUGCGUAGAAAACUUUGAGUUGACUGAUAAAAAUUAAUGCAAACCAAUAUGUGGAGAUGGAAUUAUUAUAUAAACUUUAGAAGAGUGUGAAGAUUAAAAUGAUAUUCAAUUCGAUGGUUGUUAUUAAUGUCUCUUUUAAUGCGAUUAAAAUUGUAUUAACUGUGUACAAGGUGUGUGCUAAGAAUGUGAGAAAGGAUAUAAUUUAAUUAAGAAAGAAUGUCAAAAAGUAUUAAUUGAUGCUUUGGAUGAAAAUGAUGAAAAUGAUGAAAUCCUUGUAAUCAAUGUCGAAAAAUGUGGAGAUGGAAAUUAAUCAACUUUAGAGUAAUGUGAUGAUGGAAAUUAGGGUAAUGGUGAUGGAUGUUCCAGCUAAUGCAUUGUAGAAGAAAAUUGGAAUUGUAAUUAAGAUCAACCUAAUUCCUGUUUUUUAUAAACUAAAUAUUCCUUAGAAUAUUCAAAUCAAACAUUUGAACAUUAAUUUGUUUCUCUAAAGUUUUCUAAUGAAGUGAAAUAAGUUUCAAAUAUAAAUUUUACUCAAACAAUUUAACCAGAAAUAAUCAAUUUAAAUUAAAAUCAAUAUCAAAUUACAAUUAACCCUGUAGUGGAUAUUAAUUCAACUUAGUUUACUAUGGCUUUUUUCGAGUUUGAUAUUGUAAUUGUUGAGUAAAUGUCAUUAGAGCCAAAUUUUUCCAUUUCUUUCGACUCUUCUUUAGUUGAUAAUAACAAUAUGUUGGUUGGUCUCCCAUCAUAAUCAUUAUUACUUAAAAUGCCUAAGAUUAUCAAUUAGGAUUAAAUUAGCAUUGCAAAUAAGUUUCAAAAUCUUGGAAAUAUUUUAAUUAUAGGCUUAGGAGCUAUUAGCAUACUGAUGUUAUUGUUCAAAUAACCAUUAUAAUGUUUUGAAAUAUUUGACCUUUUACAAUUUUAAUCAUAUUUGAAAUUUGUAAAUAUUUCUUAUCCUUAAAAUCUAUAGAUUUAUUUUCAAUCUUCAGAAAUUGUAACGGUUAGCCCAAUCUUAAUAUACUUUUAAAUAACAGAUCUUCUUAACAAUCUAAUUAAUUAGAACUUCAUUCCAAGUAUAGGUAAGUUCUAAGAGUAUCAAAUAAAUGCUGACUUGCUAUUAAAUAUUUAGAGUUAAAUCUCUUAAAUUGUCUUCAUUGGUUUACUUUACUUAUUUUUAUAAUUUUAUCCAAAAAUCGUGCAUAAUUAUUUUUUUACAUUCAAAAAUAUUUAUUUUAUAAGGCAAACCCAUUUUUAAUGGCUCGGUUCUUUAAUAAUUAAACUAUAUCAAAUUAAUAAAAAAAUCUUAAAAUUAAGGAAUAUUUACUCUAAAAACGGCUUUAUACAACUCUUUUACGCAAACUGUUGGGAUUUGCUGUUUAAAGUGGUUCUGUUUAUGACCUCAAACACAGAAACAGGAUAUCGAUCAACCAUAUCAUAUAGUAUUUGUUUUUUAGUUUUGGGUUUGACAAUUAUCAUUUUAUUGUUGAACAUUAAAGGAUUGAAUGAAAACUUGAAACUUUCACAAAUAAGAUUUUAAUAGCUUGAGGGUAUAACCCUAAUAAAAAAACUCUUAUUUAUCUUAAUAUUAAUUGAUUAAUAAAGUAACGACAUAAUUCAAUGCAUCAUGUUAACACUGUUGAGUUUAUGGUACAUUGGAUUGCUAUCAACAAUCAAGUAAAAUAUAGAAAGGAUAGAAUUUAUUGGAAUAAUUUGGAUGGAGGUUCCAGUAAUGUUCUUUACAUUAACAAGUUUAACAUAUUGCUCUGAUUUUAUAAGAGUUAUGAAAUAUAAUGAAUAAAUUCUACUAGGAUUUGUUCAAAUUUUAAUUUUGGUACUUGGUUUAUUGGGGCCUGUAAUUAAACUAGGAAUUAAUUUCUACAAAGAAAUCAAAUUAUAUUAUCAAUAGAAAAAAUAAAAUCCAGUGUUUAUUCUUAAUAUAGCCAAUAUAUUGACCUUAGCAUAAGAAAAUAGGAUGAAUGUUUAAAAGUAAUAAAAAAUAUGA